AUGGAGGAAGUGACCCACAGCCAGCCCAAGUCCGCUUACCCUGCCAGGCGCCACCCGUUAAAACAUAUCGAGCUCAGCCCUCACACAGACUAUCAAUUAAAGGCCACAGCAAAGAUGGAGAAUCUCCAGGAAGCAAUUUGUGCCGUCAACAGUCUACAUAGACACAAGAUAGGAAGCAAGAGAAUCCAGGUGUCCUUGGCCACAGGGGUAGCUAAUAAAUCCCUCUCCCUGCUAAGCUUUGGAACAAUUGCCAUCCUGCAAGAUGCGCCUGCUUGCUGCUUACCUUUGUUUAAAUUUACAGAAAUCUAUGAGAAAAAGUUUGGACACAAGCUGAUUGUGUCAGAUCUGUACAGAUUAGCAGAUACUGUUACCAUCCGUGACCAAGGAAAUGGUAAAUUGGUCUGUCUUCUACCAAGCUUUCAGGCAAGGCAAAGUCCAUUAGGGUCUUCUCAGUCACACGAUGGCUCUUCCACAACCUGUAGUCCUGUGGUAUUCGAAGAGCUGGAGUAUCAUGAUCCGGUCUGCAGACUGCACUGCACCAAUAAGAAACUCUGGCAUGAUUUUGAUCCAGACUCUUACAUAAUCCCGUAUGUCGUCCAGUCUUUAAAAAUCUUUGCUCCUCAAGUUCACAGCCUCCUGCAGUCUCAUGAGGGCACAGUUCCCCUAAUAAGUUUUCUUGACUGCUAUGCUGCAGAGUUCAGUGCAAUGCAUAUAGUAGAGGAAGGACAGGGAGGAGUGCCGCUGGAACAUCUCAUCACUUGUGUGCCAGGGGUUAAUAUUGCAACUGCACAAAAUGGCAUAAAGGUUGUCAAGUGGAUACACAACAAGCCGCCACCUCCAAAUUCUGAUCCCUGGAUGUUGCGGUCCAAAAGUCCUGUUGGCAAUCCUCAGCUGAUACAGUUCAGCCGAGAGGUCAUUGAUCUAUUAAAGAAUCAACCGUUUUGCAUAAUGCCAGUCUCAAAAUUUAUCCCAACAUAUCAUCAUCAUUUUGCAAAGCAGUGCAGAGUGUCCGACUAUGGCUACUCUAAACUGAUGGAACUUUUAGAGGCCGUGCCACAUGUUCUACAGAUCCUCGGUAUGGGCUCAAAACGCUUCUUGACUCUAACUCACAGAGCGCAAGUGAAGCGAUUUACCCAAGAUCUUUUAAAGCUCCUGAAGUCUCAGGCCAGUAAACAGGUCAUUGUAAGAGAGUUCUUACAAGCUUAUCAUUGGUGCUUUUCAAGAGACUGGGAUGUCACAGAAUAUGGAGUAUGCGAGUUGGUUGACAUAGUAUCAGAGAUACCUGAUACCACAAUAUGCGUUACUCAGCAAGAAAAUGAGAUUGUGAUCUCAAUUCCUAAACGAGAACGUACCCCAGAAGAGAUCGAAAGGACAAAGCAGUUUUCGAAGGAAGUGGUGGACUUGUUGCGUCACCAGCCUCAUUUCAGAAUGCCAUUUAAUAAGUUUAUUCCAUCCUAUCACCACCAUUUCGGCAGGCAGUGUAAACUUACGUAUUACGGGUUUACCAAACUGAUUGACCUCUUUGAAGCCAUACCAGAAGUAUUACAGGUUUUAGAAUGUGGUGAGGAAAAAAUGUUGACCCUGACAGAAAUGGAGCGUAUUAAAGCUUUAGCUUCCCAGCUUGUAAAACUUCUACGCUCUCAGAAAGACUCCUCCUUAAUGAUGCCUGACUUGCUUACUGAAUAUAGCAAGACGUUUGGCUACAGCCUGAGGCUCCACGACUAUGACGUCAGCUCUGUACCAGCACUGAUGCAGAAACUAUGCCAUGUUGUUAAGACUAUAGACACUGCCUCGGGGAAGCAGAUCCAGCUGAUCAACCGAAAGUCACUGCGUUCACUAACUGCACAGCUCCUAAUUCUGCUCAUGUCAUGGGAUGAGUUGUCUCUACUCACCGUCAAUCAGCUACGGCAGAUAUACAAAAGUAUCCAUGGAGUUCCACUUAAUCCAUGUGAAUAUGGAUUUGUGUCCUUGACUGAAUUACUAAAAAGCCUUCCCUACUUGGUUGAGGUGCUUACAAAUGACAUGACCGAAGACUGCCUGCAGCUGACAUCCCUGUAUUUGUUUGCAAAAAAUGUCCGUUCGUUGCUGCAUACUUACCACUACCAGCAGAUCUUCCUACAUGAAUUCUCAACUGCUUAUAGCAAGUAUGUUGGAGAAGGGCUGCAACCCAAGCAAUAUGGCUUCAACAGCCUGGAAGAGCUAUUGGGAGCAAUUCCACAGGUGGUUUGGAUUAAGGGGCAUGGACAUAAAAGGAUUGUAGUGCUGAAGAAUGACAUGAAGGUUUGUCAUCAGGCAGAAAGAGAACUCCUGUGCCUCUCUUCACCCGUCGAUCUCUUGUGUGGCCCUGUUCCUUCAUGCCUUCCAUCUCCACAAUUGCAUCCUGAAUCAGUUGUUCAGGAGUUUGGUGACCUCAUACAAUUUGAAGAACAUUUCUCUGGCUUGGUGAAUGACGGCUCUCAGAACACACCGUCUAACUAUUUGCUGUCGGACGAGAAUGCACCUUCUAAUGGUGUAGAAGAGGCAGCAGAGUCCUCUGUCCCUGACCAGACAGAGUCCAGGUUUUUAAAGCAAAUGCUGGAAAGCCCAGUCAAGAAACAGAGUCGCAACAGAGUCAGGCUGGCUGCAAACUUCUCAUUCGCACCUGUUACAAAAUUGUAAGAUUUCAUUUCUUCACGCCUGCACUAGGACACACAGGGUUCCAGCUUAUCUGUAUUCUUUACCAAGCCGUGAGCCUGCAGCACUCUUGGUCCUAUACCUUUAUCUUCUGCUUUAAAAGCUUUUAUUUUUUUGAGCAUUGAUGGCGAUUUUGAGACCUUGUUGUAUAGGUUUCAGUAUAUCAAUGGUGGAAAACGUUGUGUGCAAAACCAGUUAAUUCACUUUUAUUUCAUCAAGGCCUCUCCAUAAAUAUAACCCCACAUCUCGGUGUGACUUUGUCUGGUAGACUGUUUACAUCCAUUUCUUCAAGCAGUAUUAUUCUUAAGGCAUGGUCGGUCAGCUCGCUGUCAGAUCUACUUUUAACCCUUAACUAUUUCAAAGGCUCCACCUUCUGCGCCCCUUGUGAAGACAAUCUUGCACAUUGGCUUUCCCCUUCCCCUUUUCCAUAUUGGCACUCAAAGAACAAGAUGCUUAUUUGGGGAUGUAGGGAUUGACUGUUCAUGCAGCAAACUUUAGGAAAUAAAUUCAGCUAAUUUUAUUUCUUUUUAUGUCAAGGGCUGUUUCAGGUGACUUGUGAGGACUGCGCGAAUAUAUUUUUUGGAAGUUGUUAUACAAUGUAAAAAAAAAAAAAAAAGUUACUUCAUUUUGUUUCUGUUUUGCACUGAAGAACUCCCAUGCCCAGCCAUAUGAUCCAGCAUGACUUUAUUUCUUGUGUGAUCCACAGAUGAGUUUCAAAGAGUCAGAUGUGCUUUCAGUUGUUUCGCAUUGACUGGUGGAAAAUGUCAUCUUGACCGUGUCUUGGAAAAGAUGUAAAGUUGUGUGCAAAUAGGUUUCUGAUUUUCUUUUUACAUUACUAUGCAUCAAGUGCAUAAAUCAUGGAUGACGGAGCAGUUGCAGAUGUAGCACAGUCAACUUCAGUAGAUACUGCCAUUUCCACUGAAACAGAAGGGGUUGCCUACAAGUGGAGAUGUCAAGGUUUUCUGGGUGAACCUUGAUUUUGGCUUAAGAUUUCUUUUAAGACUUGGCAGACGAGGGGCAGUGAUGGUUUGAUGGGAUGGCAUAUUUGUCUUUUUAACUGUCUGUAGAUGUUUUUAUUCAUAUCGACUGGGUUUUUGGAAACCUUUUUUGUGAGUUUAGGAGAACUUGCAGGAUGUUUUUUUUUUUUUUUUGAGAAAGGCCACACUUUCAGUAAAGCAGGUGGACUUUGUUUGACUGCAUAGUGUCAGAAGGCCUCGGAUUCCUUCUAGGCUAGCCUGGCUUUUACAAUGGGUUGUAUUUGCCAGGUGAGAAAUGGUUCCUUUGUAGAACCUUCUACUAAAAGGUUCUACCCUUGUUUUUUGUGUUGGGAUCUUUGCAAUACGGUUUGAAGAGAGAAGGAAGGGUCCAUAGCCAUCUCAAACUCGAGUACUUUUACGGAAUGGCUAUUAAGUUGUUUUACCUUCUAUAUUUUGCACAGGGAUCUUUUAAUUGUGGCCACUUCCAGCUGAAAGUUGUAGCUACUGUGUAGGUCGAAGCAUUGAGUGUAUGUCUGUUUUCAUAUUUUUGUUUCCUUCUGCACUUCUAAGCUCGAGUCCCUGCUAAAGACAGUUCCUCUAGUAAUGGUGACAGGUUCAGAUAUGAAGUCCAGAACAACUUUUUUUUUUUUUUUUUUUGUUUUUUUAAAGGCCGCUUUUAAAUAAAGUUCAGUGUAAUCUUAUGCAUGAAUUCUGAUCAUCAGGUGGGCAUAAGACUAUGUAUUCAAGCGUUUAUGGUUUCAUAGCAUGUAACUACAAGUCACCUGAAACACUCCUAUUACAACAUAGUUCUGCAGAGUGAUCAAAAAGCUCCUUGCAGCAUAAGAGGCAAAUUAUACUAGGGAUAACGGCUAUGGAUUUUAGUUUCCCUCUACAUGUGGCCAUCUCCUUUGGGGAAAAAUAAAUCGACUUUGAUAUGGAUGUAACUUGCGUCCUGCUAUAAAAUGGACAAUGUCUAGUACUUACGUUUUUCAAAUCUGUAUAAAAGAAUUGGGGAUGAGGCUGGUUUAGUACUUUAUUUGGAAGAAUAAAUGUUUAAUUUUGUAACUAAAAUAAAGAAUAACCACUUUGUGGAGGCUUUUGAAGCUGUCUGGGCUUAAAAUAAUGCACUGUCUUCUUUCUUUCUUUUUUUUUUUUUUCUUUUUUUUUUUUUUUCUUCCCUCAAUUUUAAGUCUCAAUACGUCAUGUUUGUGUUUUGGGACCAAAUUCUUGUGUGUCAAUAAACUAU